CGGAAGUAAUCUCAAUUGAGGAAGACAGACUUUAACAGGAAGAUAUCGCUAUAGCUGAAAAUCAGACGGACAAGUGUCAUUUUUUAAAAAGAAGGCUGCCUUCGAGUAUAAUACAACUUGUGUGCCCUCCAUUCAGUCGUUGGAAAGGAUGCAGCCUACCGUGACAGCGGGCCUUCAGGAGUCCCCGCAGGGCCAGGGGGAGAGAGGUGAGCUCUCCCAGGUCUCCUCAAGGGAUACAGCCACCGCAGAGACCUCUGAGCCUGGAUGUCCGCGGCCAGUCACCUUUGACCUGCUCAAUAUGGUGGUCUCCUACAAGAGGAUUGCAAUCUACUUGGAGCCCAUCAAAGAUGGUGUGGAGGUGGUGCGUUAUGUACUCGGAUGGAAGAUGCCUCUCUUCUCCUUGCUCUGCUGUAUCCUGCUCAACAUCCUCUUCAUCACUCUCAGUGAAGUGGCCUGGUUCUCUCUCUGCCUCAUGGGCGUGUCCACCCCUGCUGCGCUGGGCUACAUCGGGGAGAGAUGUCAGGCCAUCACCAGUGACACGGACCUCCAGAGGAAAAAGCAGCACGCUGUCCAGCGCAGGGACCUGCAGACGGUCCACCUCACCAAGCAGGAGGCCAUGCUGGAGGUCAAGGGCCUGCUGAAGAGUCUAGAUGACCUGUUGAGCCAGGCCUGUGUGUCUGCUGAGUCUGUGUACAAAGUGCUGUACUGGGAGAGCCACGCAGUCUCCUCCAUGUUCUACGGUGGCCUCCUGGUGACUGUCUGUCUACUGUACAUCAUGCCAGUGGGCUGGGUCCUGGCUCUGGUCAACAGCAUCCUCUUCCUGUGGAACAGGGAAUUCUGCAGAGUCCUGCUGAAUGUGAAGUCGCUGCUGAACCCCAGCCCGAGUCAGUCAGCAGAGAGGGAGGCUGAGGUCAGAGAAGCUGAGCCCACCUCCUUACCAGAGCAAACCCCAACUCCCACCAGCCUGGAGGACCUUUCUCCUGCCAGCAUUGAGGAGGCGGAAGAGGCAGAGCCUGAUGAUGAGUUUAAAGAUGCCAUUGAGUCCUCUCUCUUUACCAUCUCACUGCCUAAGGAGCAUCAAACGUCCCUGCUGCCGGAGACCCCUCUGGCUCUAGUGGAUGACGAUGAGGUGACAAUAGGCACUCCUGACUACGACACCCUCUCAGAUAAUGGACUGUUGAGCAGAAAUGAGCCCAUCCGCAGCAAAGUGUCCAAACUGACAGAGAAACUGCGCAAGCGUUAUCCUACCCACCCUGCAGGUAAUUGCUCAUAUUGCAAUGCCGUGUUUUCGGUUUUGAAAAAACGGAAAAAUUGCAGUAACUGUGGAAAUAGCUUCUGUUCACGAUGUUGCUCGUACAAGGUGCUCAAAUCCAGCAUGGGAGCCACAGCACCCGAAGCCCAGAGGGAGACCGUGUUUGUUUGUGCUGCAUGUAAUAUGUACCUGAGCAAGAAGGAAUGAAACACAGGACCUCUUUUCUGACUUCCUAUUAAUCCCACCAUUUACCUCCUUGUGGAAGCAUGGCUUUGGCCUCCCCACUUUUGGAUGAGCCUGAGGAUCCGUGCCUCGCGCAGAAGACGUCCCCAACAACUUCCUCCUCCACGCUGCUGAGGCCAGAGGGAUUUCGUACUGUAUCGUGCUCACACUGUUACUCAGACUAUGGCUCCAUUUCUGCUGCAGCCUCCGUCACUCAUCUGAGCUCAAGCAGAGCUCGCACCAUCAAAGUAAUUGUGAGCAGCGCUGCUACGGCAUUUGUAGCUCUGAGAGUGUCCCUACUCCUGACCCUGGUGUGAUAAAAAUCACCAUGAGGGAUUGUUACACCCCCCCCCCCCCCCCCCCCCCCCCCCAUAAUGGAGAAGGUCAAGUUUGCUUGUGUGCUAUGGCUAAUAUACUGAAUGUGUCUGAAAUACUGGAGGAUGGGAAGGGUCAGCUUGUGGUACUGUACUCCUAUACCCUAUGACUGCUUCUCCAGAUGAUCUCCACCCAAUGUUCUGAAGUUCCACUUGCUAGCCUCACACACUACACAUUCACAAAAUGGUUAAUUUCAUCGUGGAUGGUUUAUUGUUGGGUAUGCUGUGUAGGGAUGAGCCAUUUGAGAUGACCUCAUCAUAGCAUUAAAUUGCUGACCCUCCAUCAUGAUUCAGGUGCAUGGCCUUUUUUCCCAGAUUCAUCUGCCAAGCAUGUCUGGGUGCAUUAGCUAGCUUUUGGCACAGAUACAAGAAGUGAUUUCACAUUCUUUUGAAAAAUGACAGAUUUAAUUUAUUGGUUGAAACAGGGAAGACAUUUGAAAGAGUGUGGACAGCUUUCUUAAACAAUAUCCUCCACCCAAAUUUGCUCAGCAGAGAUGUACCCAAUCUGAUAGAUGGAUUUGAGGGAAUAUUGUUAACAAAUCCAUGAAUAUGCGAAUGUAUUUAACUUUUUGCAGUACCUCUGUGGCCCUAGCCUACAAUCAAGUCUGUUGAGUAAUUUUACUGUAUUUGUCUUAUUUUAUGAAAGGUUUUAGAAAUCUCUAAUAUAUAGCAGUGCGGUUUAUCUUAAAUGCUGUGACAUUCCACCAAUAAAUAUACUGUACUCGA